AUGGAGUGGGAAAGUUGUUCAAGAUUACUCUUGAGUGUUCUUAUCAUUUUGCUUGCUUUGGAGUGCUCUUGUGCAAAGUGUUGUGAAGGAAAUGAUGGAGGAAAGAAAGAUUGGCCAAAGGGCAGCAAAAAUAUGGGAAAUGGUGCAUUUUUUCAAGGUGUUAAAUUUAAGGAGGGAAGAAAAAUGUUGCAAGUGCUGCAGGAAGAAAAAAGAUCACAUUUUUCAGGGAAGAAUAAACUAGUUGACCUCCAAAACACUUUAGAUGCCCAAAAUACCCCUACAAGCUCCGGCGACAAAAAUGACGCUGUUGAAAACGAGAAGGCGCUUCUUGAGGCGGAGGAUGAGAUCAUGAACCUAAUGAGAAGGGAUUACAAAGGCAAACCUCGUCGAAAGCCACCAAUCAACAAUCGCGAGCCGAAAAAUUAA